GUACAUUCCAAUACGUCACGCCUUCGUGAAGUCCUUCCGCUAUUGUGCACGUUGGACUGAAUGUGUUCUUGAAGAAUGUAACUGACCUGGCUGAAAGGAACUAUUCGAAGUCGUCAUCAGCUAGUUAUUCAGCAUGGCCAUGGCUUCUGCGUGUGGACAACUGUGCAUGAGAUGCAGAGGCUCUCUUUCUUCCAAGACUGCCGUUUGGCGAUGUUACUCUCAUGUUCGGCAUUUAAUUCCAAGAACAAGACAACUGUUAAAAAGCUUUGAUGGAUUAUUCAUCACAAAAAGACUUGCAUCAACUCAGACAGGGCUGAGUUGGAAACAGCAAAUGUGUUGCUAUAGUGAUUUGGCAGAAAAACAUCUGACUGCUGAUGCCAAAGACAACAAACAUACAAAAGAGCUGACAAAAACCAGCAUUACCCAAAUCACCAACACGCUGAUGCCAUCUACAGAUGUUCUGUCAAUGACGGAACAUCCAGCGUUCCUUGACUUGGAUGAUGCUGCUGAAUCUUCAGCACUUGAAGAGAUCUGUGAUGAAGAAGCUAUUAGCAUUUCUGUCCCUUCCUCCUUGCCUCCAACCUCAACAUCCCUAAGAGACUAUGUUGAGAAAUCAGAAACGCUUUCAAAGCUGGUAGAAUUAGGUGUAAAUCUGUGGAAGUUGGAGCAGAGGCCCAAUGUUGGCUCCAUGUUACUGAGACUUGACUUUAAGACAGAUGUGGCUCCUCGGCUGAUGUUCCUUAAAGAGAUUGGGGUGAAAGACUCCUGCUUUGGCUAUAUCAUCACUCACAACCCCUUUGUUCUCUGUGAGAAUAUAGAAAACCUACAGGACAGGGUGACCUAUCUCAAAUCAAGGAAGUUUAGUUCAGAGACUGUAGCAUCCAUGGUGUCCAGAGCUCCCUACCUGCUUAAUUUCAAUGUGAAGAGGCUGGACAACAGGCUGGGGUUUUAUCAGCAGCAACUUCAACUUAGUGCCUCUAAUACACGAAACCUUGUAGCCCGUCUUCCCAAAUUACUUUGUGUCAGCUUGGAGCCUGUUAAAGAAAAUUUGAAGGUAUGUGAAAUAGAGCUAGGCUUCAAACAGAACGAGAUCCAACACAUAGUUGUUGCUGUCCCCAAAGUCCUGACAGCAAAUAAAAGAAAACUAACUCAGAUCUUUGACUUCCUUCACAACACCAUGAAGGUCCCUCAUUAUCUAAUCGCAAAGUUCCCACAGGUCCUCAAUACGAAGUAUCUGCGUGUCAGAGAGCGUCACCUGUUUCUUGAAUACCUCCAAAAAGCCCAGUACGACCCCACGUUGCCCAACUACAUCUCCCUGGACCGCAUGGUGUCAUUGCCGGAUGAGGCUUUCUGCACUGAGUUGGCGCUGUCUACAGUCGAAGAUUUUUAUUUGUUUCAAAAAACACUUUAAAUUUCACAAGGGUAGAUGAAAAAAGAUGCAGAGCUGGUACCAUUUUAUGUUUAUACAUUUAUCAAAAUUUUAAGUUUGAAAUAAAGUGUAUCUAUGGCCUUUUUCUUUUUCAAAAAGGUCUCGCCUCCUCUAUAUAAUUCGUAACUAUUUGUGUCUAUUUUAUAUUAAUUACAAAGGGAUAAAAAAGUUGUGAACAUAAAAAUCUGAGAAAAUCUUUUUUUGUUAUUUUGUAAAUGAAUGUUUUGAGCCACUUGUAGUUAAACAUUCACUGACACAUACAGUUUCUGUGGAUUAAAUAUGCAGACACAAAAAUUCUUUGCUACAUAA